ACAGCGUAACUGACGUCCGUGCUAGGCCUAUUUCAGUAUUUGUUUACACGAGUGACGCGGAACUGUUGAGUGGAAUACACCGGAUUACGUCCGAACGCCGAGCAACUAUACACAACUAUCAUAAUAUCGCCUUUGGACGAAGAUCCUGCGUUAAAAUGGAUAUGAACACUGAUUUAUAGUUCAGUUGUCAAAGAAACGAUCUACAGAACUUAUUUCAAGAACAUUGGAUCCUUGGAAAACUGAGAAUGGCUUAGCCAACAACACUGAUAAUAGUUGGUAUAAAUAAGUGUUAUCCAGGCACCAGCUCACACAAUGGGUGCCCACGAUGGAUGUAGCUACUCGUGUGAUGGCGGAGGAUAUCGUGGAGAUAGUACAUCAGAUGAUAUAACGGUGGUAAGCGAUGAAUGUGGCACAUGUGAGUUCGAAAUACCUCCAUUAAUUUCUACAGUAGCCGCAGAAGUUGUAGACUGGAAAACAUUCUACCCGGAUAAUGAGUGGCCAAAGGAAGUUGACUAUUAUUACGAACUUUUGAAGCGUAUGAAACCGGACUUUGUAUUGGGAUGUACUGCUGGAAGGAACAGCAUGCACCAAAAAAUGAUUUUACUUCAAAGACCGGAUCAUACAAAGACUGGAGCGGUUAGUACAUGUACCUUCAUAUGCACAUUUAUACUACUAAGCCACCAUUUUAAAAAAGCUGAACAAGAGCGAUGGCAGGAUGAUUCCGUUUACCGAACAGUACUGAACGCACGAGUGAUACGCAGUUUUUUUAAUGGUGCACCGAGUAAAUGGACAUUUGACGACCAGCCAGUAUUUAGUGACACCCGUUUGUUAUUAAACUACAAUAUUCCGAAUACCGAAAAAUGUAUUCAACCCAAAGGAGAAACAAAUGUUGAUAUUGCGCCGCCUGACUCGAAGGACAUUUUCACCCAUAUCUGGAAUAAGAACAUCACACAGUUCGUCACUGACCCAGUUCUUGAGAGAACAACACAAUUAGACGGAUUUGAUACGAAAUCAGUUUUCGUUACUUGGGGACUAUCUGAUGCAUUGAAGUGUAUUUUUAAGGAUUUAGUAUUUAACGGGUGCAAACUGCAAUUGACGAAAAUCAACAUAGAGAAAUUUAGUGCAAUGUGGCAUUCAGCAAAACGGAUUGAAGGACUAGAAUCUGAUACUUUGGAUACAGGUGAAAAUUGGACUGAAGAUUCGAUUCAAUUGGAAAGCACCAGCGAUGAAGAGUGUCCUGACCGCAACAAACUCCUUCCGAGCAAAACAGCAUCGGAAGACGAUGACGGCGAAUUGCUACGGAUCGAAAAUGAAGUUUGGUUUGGAAGUGAACAAAUUACACGGUUUACAGAAAUGAACGGACGUCUGGAAACAUACAUUGCAAUGUCACUGUCCUAUAUUGAUUGUGAAUUAUUUGCGGAUGCUGGUUUCGUCUUUACAGGAGAUUCUUUUGUAUGUUUUUCCUGCUACUUUUGCAUUGGUAAUUCGCCACUUGAAGACCCAUGGAUGGAACAUACUUUUAACAGUCCUGGUUGUGCUUAUGUUAGAUAUAAGAAAGGACAGGACUAUAUUCGCCAUGUCUUGACACAGUCGACCGAGGUUUUUCAGGGAAAAGAUGGAAAACAUUCAAAUAACCAUCCUGAUGAUGCUAAAAGCCAAAAAGAUUUAUUGGUUGAAAAGAAGAAUUGUGACCAACCUGAUUUGGUUACACGCAAAUAUAUCACUGUUUCUAAUGCAGGAUCAGUUCAAGGAGGAACAGGUGAUUAUUCUGUACAGAAACAUUCCUGUUUUGGACGUUUAAAACUAUUUGAUCACACAGAAGGAGGCAAGAAACUAACAAUUAGUCUGGAAACUCCUAAGAAACACAGUGUCAUCGUGAAAGGUUUGCUUAAGUAUUUAUAUGACUCCACAAUCAAUGAACCAAAAGAAGUUCAUACCUAUAGAGUGCCGAGGGAACCGAAGGAAACUUCAGAAUUGAUUCGACAUUUACGAGAGCUGUCAUGUGACACACAAAAAGAGAUACAUAUACAUCUCUAUAUGGUACAGGAUGUGAUGUCGUUGUUAUCAAGUUACAACAUUUGGCCCCACCGUAACAUCCGUACUGGACCUUUGGUGGAGGCUGGCUUUUCCUGUAAAGACCCUAAAACAUCCACCGUUGAAUGUAAGUCGUGUGGACUGGAACUAAAUGCAUCAACUCUAAAUGGUACAACUCCAAUGCAGUAUCACAGAGAGCAUUCACCUGAUUGUGAGUUCUUCCGACAAACAAACUCGCAAGGUUUUGAUGGCCAACGAAACAGAGCGUUGACGGAUUCCUCACACAAUCAAGCCCCAUCUCCUAUGGGAGUCAACCAGGAAGCAGCCCACUCUCCGGUUCAACAGCCCCCAGGAAACAAUCAGCAAAGAAAGCCCAACCAAGGCCAAGCCCAAGCAGAAAAAACGUCGGAAGCAAACGACACAUCGGCACGAACACGCUCUGGAAACAAUGACGGAAACAUUCGUAUCGAUGAAGCAACGUCACCCACUAACCGUCGACAAACAGAAAAUGCAUCAUCACUAUUUUCAAACAAUGGAGCAGCUUCAAUUGACUCAAUUGUUGCUGAGCGUACUAGGACAGGAGAAGUCUUUGACAGGGCCACGCUAAUUGUACCCAACAAUAAUAAUGUGACUUCAAGUGGGGAGGCUGUGAGAGAGAACGAAAACAUAAUAGCAGGCGCUCAGGGAGGUGAGGUCCCCUACCCAAUACGUAACCCAAGGUUCACAGAGCAGAACGCACGCCGUGAGUCGUAUACACAUUGGCCACAUCGCGCUGCACAUGACCUUGAUUAUCUGGUGAAUGCCGGGUUCUUUUACACAGGAGCGGAAGAUAUUGUAAGAUGUUUCUACUGUGAUAUCGGACUUGCGGAAUGGAAUCCAGAUGAUGAUCCCUGGGUAGAACACGCCCGUCAUAGUCCGGAAUGCCCAUAUCUCAGGGACCAGAAGGGUCAAGAUUACAUCAAUAACAUUCAGGCGCAGUGGGCACGGAUAUACACACCAAAACAUCCACAAUAUGCACAAAUGGAUACGAGAAGAAGAUCAUAUCAAAAUGCGGGUUGGCCACGUGACAAUGUACUGCAGACUCCAGAACAGCUCGCAGCCUCAGGUUUCUUUUACACCGGUGAUGGAGACACUGUUCGGUGUCACUACUGUGAUGGAGGCCUGCGUGAGUGGGAACCUGAAGAUGACCCAUGGGUAGAACAUGCACGUUGGUUUCCAUUUUGUAAGUUUGUGUUGAAGAUAAAGGGCAUAGAUUUCAUCCAAGCUUCUGCUACUGGAAACCCUGCAAACGGGUUACAGGCGCCCGUCGCUCCACCUGCUGCACCACGGAUCAACGAACCUCCUCUGACACUAAGCUUCGUUGAUAAAUGCAGGAUAAAGGAGCAAAAAAAUCCGAUGCAUUCAGCUGCAGCUCAGAGCAUGAGAACCAUGGGCUACUCUAGGGGAACGAUACGGAUGGUUAUCGACAAGUUCUUAGUUCUUACUGGGAGACGAGACUUUAAGGCUGUUGAUUUGAUGGACAUUAUCAUGGCGGAGGAAGAGGCAGGAAGGACAUUUCCCGAGAGUGACGGGGAGGAUGAUGGUGAAGAAACUGGUGCAACUGCCGGCGGGGCCGCUGCUGGAGGCAUAAACGCAAUUGACCUUGAUGAAGAAAUGGAUUUUUCUCCAGCAGCAAUGAGGAAAGAAAACGAGUACCUGAAACAGAAGUUCAAGUACUUGGCCGUUAUAUUAGAUGAUGAUGAUUGUUGGUUUUCCCUUCGAACCUAUCCUGCUACCAGUAUGUUUCACGCCGAUUACCUACAAAUAUAUAUACUUGUCAGGUAAGAAUUUCAACACAGUUUAAAUAUGUAAGUAUCAUUUUCAAUACAAUGAAGAUUAGAACCAGCUCAUUGUCAGUCUACGCUUUGCCACUGUUACUUUCUAAACCUUAGUUUCAGGAUUAGGUAUACAAUUGCAGCAAACUGAUUGAGAAUAAUAAUCUCUAAAAGGUCUUGGAAAUAAAAAGUAAUGUAAUGCCUGGAAACCGUAGAAUGAACUUCUUUCAAUACAUGUUAACAUCAAGUAAGCACUCAAAAAUACUUUCACCUGACUCGUUAGCUUAUCAACGAUAUAACCCAUGCCCCCUUGCAAUAUCAAUCAAGCUAUUUUUCUGUAAAUCAUGAUAGUGUCAGUGUUCGCUACUUGCUGCAGUUUCUUUUUAACAAAUAUUAGGAGUAUAUAUUUUUUUCAUGUACAUCAUUGUUAAUGAUAUGUUGAAUCAAACAUAUAUAAAUGAUAUGAGGAUAACAUUUAUUUGCGACACCAUUCGAGACCAGAGAUGCUCAUGCUGUUAGUGUAUUUGACACCAUCUUAAAAGAUAAACAUGAUGUAUAUCUUACCAUCACAAAAACGCAGUAAAUGUAAGACAAUAUUGCUGUAUUGUUUGCUGUUGCCCAAUGCUUAAGUCAAUGUAGAACGAAAAAAAAAAAAGCUAUAAAGUAUCUUUCAUCGGGAGCAAGUCUAAAUAUAUAUGUACCAAAUUCUCAAGUCCUGUGAUCCAGAUGAUAGAAUUGGAUGGAAGAUGAACAUAUAUUACAUGAAACAUCUAAUCGGCCUGAUAAUGUUAUCUAACAUAACUGGUGUCGGUAACCUGUUGAUCUUAUUCUGAGAAUUAUACUGAAAGUGUUACACACGGAUUUCCCAAAUCCAAAUCAUAACAACAACAACACGUGGUCAUCAUUAUAAAAUGCGAAAUAUGGAUUUGGUAAAUAUAAUAAAUGCAAACAUUAUUCCAUGCAUGGUUGAUGUAAAUAUCUAUUCGAUAUAUACCAUAAUAUCGAACUGUAAAAAUCACUCUACUAUAGCUAUAGGUGAUAUAAAUAGAUGAAUACUGUAUGAAUUGCUCAUUUAAUUCAAUUGAAGUAUAUGGUCUAUACCAUAUAGUACCAUAUUCCGUCUAGCUAGUACAUUUCUUUUCCCCAAUUGACUCUCUCCUGUGUUUGUUAACUGCAUAUUCCACUUUGAUUUGCCAAAGCAUGUUGUCUUUGUCAUUAUUUUUGUUUUCAAAAAAGAAUGAACAUUUUUUUCUCUACUCAUUUAUUUAUAGAUGUAUAAUUUCUAGAAAAUGCUAAAUGCUUGCUCAAAUCUAAAUGAAUAUUGCAGGAUUUUAUGAAUGUCCUGAUUCUGUUUUUUCAACAAUGCGCUGAUGAAAUAGAGAAUGUGAUGCGAAUUUACGUAAGAAUAUUACCGUCUACGAUAGUAUAUAUAUAUAUAUGUGUUUUAAUCUGUGUUUUAAUCUGUCAUCGGUAUUCAGAAAAUGUGCGUAUGCCCUGCAGUAUGAUGUUUCAAAAGCAUGUGCUGUGUUCAUCUGAGUAGGUACCCGCAGUCCUUAUACUUAUCUAAAUAAUGCGAUUGAUAUUGGGUAAUUACUUAAAUAUGGAUUUGUUCGUUAGCAGUCAGAAAACACUAAUGCCAUGCAUGAUAUCAGUAUUUUAUAACAGGUAUGUAGUAGCUUACCAAACUAUUUCCACUCUCACAAUGUACAAAAACCACACUGAUUAAAACCAUAUCUUGAUCUACGCUCUUGAUUUAGCAGAGUGUAGUUUACGGAACGAAAUGUAGAUCAAGAUAUGGUUUUAAUCACAUUAUACAACAACACAAAUGAUGAGUUUAAAUUAGAAGUGAUUGAAUCACAAUUAUUAAUAUCUAUCGGUGUUUAACAGAAUCCAGGACCCCAACACAUAACAAUAGCUUAUUUAAAUUUUAGAUCCUUACGUAACAAGUCUGAUAUCAUUUAAGCAGAGUUGAGUUAAAUAAACCAUAUCGCUCCGAAAAUUUGACAACCUAAACUUGUCCACACUGUUGGAAUUACUUAUUUGCCCCAUAUAUAUACAUAAAGGUACAUAAUGAAUAACAUGAUCCUCUUGUGAUAAAGUAAUGGAUGAGAUAUACUAAUUCAUUCAUACGUUCGUCAAUAUGUGUAUCACUACUCUAGCAACUUCAUCCAUGCAAGGACUUUGAUCCAACUUCAUAUCUAUCAUCAUGUAUGAGAAUACCUCGAAAGAGGUGCUUAUGUUUCAACAAUCUGUGGUCAAGGUCACUACUACUAUUAUAUGGGACUAUCUUGUCAUCAACCUUGUGAGUUCAUCCCUACAUAGAUUUUGGCUAAGUUUGAUAUAUUGGUCAUGCUUGAGAAGACCCUUACUAUUUCUUGUUUCAUAAGGUCAAGGUCAAUGUCGCCAUCACUUUCUAUAGAAAGUCAACUUGACAACAGGUUACAUACUCAUCUAUAAAUCCGAUAUCGCGUGUCCAAUAUAUUACAAGUGUUAUGUGUACCACACGUAAGAGGCAUGGUAUUAUUUGUGAUACUUGUCAUCGGCGUAAUAUUUUCCCAAUACUUGUAUAUCUAUAUGCUGAUAAAGUACAUGUGCAUGCACAUGUAAUGAAUAAUCAUAAUUGUACUGUUUUACACUUAACUAUAUGCUUGCAUAUGCUAAUGUGACAUGUCCGCAUACACGGAUGAUAAAUGAUUAUAACUUUGAGAUCUUAUUUUCAUAAUUGUAUACAUGUGUAUGUAGUUAUACAUCUUGAUGUCUUGAUGAUCUUGAUGAUCAGUGAUGAACACUGAUGACUUUUUAAAAGUUUACUUUAAAUCUAUUUUGCUUAAUACUGUUAGGAUUUCAUCUGUCAUAAACAUUGAAGAAAUAGCGUGCACUUUUAACUGGUAGUACCGUGUCCAACCCAUUUCUGAGUGAAACAAUAAAGGGCAAUGAACCCAUGGACUUUUAUAUCGGAAACUCGUGGGUUAUUUACCCCUCAGCUGCAUAAAUAUAUAGCAGCAUGUAUUAGUUUGUUAUACCAUUACAAACUGUAUAAUCAAAAUACAAAAAAGCAUUAAAAUAUAUGACAAGCGUUAUAAUUCUGUAUAUUAGAUAAUUUCCAUUUCUAUCAGUUACCGGAUACUAUUUGAAUAAAAUGGGGGUUUUUUUGUAUGGAGAGAGCUUACGGUUUGAGGAAUGGAGAGAACUUCAAUAGGAUUUAAGCCUGUUGUUCGAUCCAAUUGAUUAUCAAUAAAAUUUGUUGAAAUAAAUUACAAAAGCCAUUUAAAACACAAACCAAUUAAUACCUUUGGCAAUAACAGUAGAAGUGUUCGCGUUAUGACUCGUUAAACAGAUCGCAGUGUUAGACAAUGGUGCAUUGGCAGUGCUAAAGACAUCUAUAUAUGUUAUAUAUCCGUAUUCUAUAUAAUCUAUAAGUGCAUAUUCACGUGUAGAUAUUUUCGCGCUAAUUAACUCAUCACAAAUUACGCAAAGUUUUCUACAAAUCGCAAAAGAUUCCACUUUUACAUUGGUUAAUCAUGUAGUGUUUGCAGGAAGGUGUAUCAGUGUUCAGCAUUCAAUAAUUUCUCUGUCAAGAUUGAUUUAUCGAAUGAUAUUAAAUGUAUACAGUUAAAAAUGAUAUUUUAAUAUACCAGCAAAUUUCUUAUAAAUAGUUAAGAUGCUUUUUGGUUAGGAUUCAUGAUCUACAUAUUGGAUGAACUUCCAAUAGUGAUAUGUCAUUGGUGUUUAAGGUCGAUUUCUAGACAGGUGUUUAAGGUCGAUUUCUAGACAGGUGUUUGUCUAUAAAGUAAACAAAACAUUGUUUUUUUUGCAUCCAAUCGAUUAUUUAGAUAAUAUUCUUAUUCUUUUUAGUAAUUAUCUAUCUGACUUUUGUUUUAUACAUUGUCUGCAGACGAAAACGUGAUCUUUGUGCUUUAUAGUCUUAUCUUAUCAUCUAAUGCAUUCUUUAAAAAUUGUUCGUUCAUUUUUGCUCGAUAGGCUAGGAAUUAUGUAACGGGAAGAGAAAUCAGUGGUGACUGUCGAGUUGAAUGUUCUGGUAUGGAAAUAGAAAAAAAAAAGUUUGCUAAUUUAUUUUGAUGAUAAUACUUUUGUAUACAAUGUAUGUCGAAACUGUAAAUAACAAAUUAUCACAUUUGAAAAAGAACCUCUUGGAAUCGUCAAUCUGAUUAAAAUGUUAAACUCUAUUAUUGAAGAUAAAAUAUAUGGUGAGUUCUCUAGAAAUCAUAUUCUCAUUAACAUCUUUAUACAUCUUCACUAUCCUUGCUUGAUUCAGUUUCUGUCAAUGCAUGGAAAAGUUUACCACGUAGAUGCACAAUUCAUUGGAAGAAGUGUUAGCAUCAUUGUAUUUACUCCUCUUUAUAUAUAGAUUUUUUUUCAAGAGUGUCAAAUAGGGGGAUGCACCAAUUUAAAAUGAAUAACAGCGUCCGGAAAUUGGUAGGUUUGAUAUGUUGGAAAUAGGAUAAACGAGUAUUUAUUGUAUAUAUAUAAUAUUGUAUGUAAUAUUCUGUAAUUAAGUUAUAGGUUUAUCUAUUGUAUAUUUGUUGUUUUCCAAUUUGCCUUCAAGUUAUUAUGUUACUAUAACUGAGCAAUUAAGUUAUUGAAAUAUAAUAGACCACCUUUUGUAGGUUAGAAAAAAUGUACUUUUAGAUGAGGCGGUACUUCAAAAGUGACCUCUUAACACAGGUGGUGUCCAAUUAAAAUACCAUUAUUCAAUAUGCAACUACAUGUAAUACACUGGUUACAUUCUGUUUUUAUAACAACAUAUUGUAUAAGCGUUUUAAGUUGUUGCAGUGUAAGGUACUACCAAUCUUGUAUAUGUAUUGAGUAAGAUUGCUCUGUUUUUGAAAUAUAUAGUUGCCAAUGAUAAUGUAUUGAAUGAAGUUAUUUCUUUCCAUAGUACAGCAGGUUGGACUGCACGAGUCCUAUCGAUAUACGCCUGGCCACAUUCGUUGUUACUACACAUUGAACACAUUGAUGUAUUUUAAUCUAUGAUUUAACUAAAUGACUGAGUGUUUUAUUUCAUAAGUUAAAUUUUUAUCCAGGAUUAUUACAUUGUACCUAUACCAACUGUUAUGUAUUUUGCAUUAAAUAUUACUUUAUGUUUAUUUAGAUGAUGCAACGAUGAUGCAUCUUGUUCGAAUUUGUUUGUUUUGUUACAUUCUUUAGAGUAUCCAUUUGUACAUAUACAUGUAGCAAUAACCACCAGUUGGUAAUUCGUCUUGUUCAAAAUAUUUUGUCCAUCUAGACUUUUGAGGUAUAUACUUACGUAUAUUGUACAAUAUUGUAUAUUGGCUUUGGAUACAAAUUGUGAUGUAUUCAAACAAGUGCAAACUUUUAUUAUAUCCAGUGGAAGAAUUUAACAUGUUUCGAUUAUGAACUUGACUUUAAAAUAUGUUUUUGUUUUUGUUUGUUUGUAUGUGUAUGUGUUACUUUAAAAAUCGCUUCAUACUACUAUGAAUUG